AUGGCUCAACAGGGAGUUCUGCUGGACCAGGACCAGUUCUGUUGUUCUGUCUGUCUGGAUCUACUGAAGGAACCAGUCACCAUCCCCUGUGGACACAGUUACUGUAGGAGCUGUAUUGAGGGCUGCUGGGAUCAGGAUGUUCUGAAAGGGGUCUAUAGCUGUCCUCAGUGCAGACAGACCUUCAGUCCGAGGCCUACGCUGAGUAAAAAUAACAUGUUGGCUGAGCUGGUGGAGAAACUGAAGAAGACAGGACUCCAGGCUGCUCCCCCUCCGUCUCUGUGCUAUGCUGGACCUAGAGAUGUGGCGUGUGAUGUCUGCACUGGGACCAGAAAGCAGAAAGCCCUCAUGUCCUGUCUGGCGUGUCUGGCCUCUUACUGUGAGACUCACCUCCAAUCUCACUACGAAUCUCCUGCUUUGAAGAAGCACAAGCUGGUCAAAGCCACCGCACAACUACAGGAGAAGAUCUGCUCUCAUCAUGACAAACUGCUGGAGGUUUACUGUCGUACCGAUCAGCACUGUAUCUGUUAUCAGUGUUUGAUGGAUGAACAUAAAGGCCAUGAUACAGUGUCAGCUGCAGCAGAGAGGACUGAGAAACAGAGGCAGCUGGGGAUGAGUCAGCAGAAGGUCCAGCAGAGAUUCCAGGAGAGAGAGAAGGAGCUGAAGGAGCUCCAACAGGCUGUGGAGUCUCUCAAGCGCUCUGCACAGGCAGCAGUGGAGGACAGUGAUCAGAUCUUUACUGAGCUGAUCCGCUCCAUUGAGAGAAGGAGCUCUGAGGUGAAGGAGCUGAUCAGAGCCCAAGAGAAGGAUCAAGUGAGUGAAGCUGAAGGAGUCCUGGAGCAACUGAAGCAGGAGAUAGCUGAGCUGAGGAAGAGAAGCACUGAGCUGGAGCAGCUCUCACACACAGAGGAUCACAUCCAUUUCCUCCAGAGUUAUCAGUCUCUCUCCAGUAUCAGUGUAUCUUCAGACUUACCCAGCAUCGUUGUCCGUCCUCUUCAGUACUUUGGAGAUGUGAGUAAGACUGUGUCUGAACUGAGAGAGAAACUAGAAGACUUCCUUAAAGGAGAAUGGACCAAGAUCUCCACUACAGUGAAUAUAGUGGAGGUUGUUCUGCCUCCAGAGCCCAAGACCAGAGAACAGUUG